GGUUACUGAGUCCAUAUAAAGAUAUCUGCUUUUGUGGCUUUUGUGUGAUCUAAAAUAUCUCUAGUCGCUUCAUCUCUCCUAUUUCUAACCAAGUAACCUUCUAUCUUCUCUUUCUUACUCCAUCUAUUGUCGUCUGAUCUGUCGAUUCUGUAGUUCUGUUCUGCCUUGGUGUUUAAUUCCUCUUUGCAAGCAAGUAAUAUUCUAUUGGAAACUUGAGAGUUUGGAAAUAACGUAUAUGAGUUUGUACAAGAUGGGUGGAGACAUGAUGGAAGAUGAUUGGGAGUUUGCUUCAUCCUCAAACCCUAACCGAACCCUAGUUCUUGUCGGCCGUACUGGAAACGGAAAGAGCGCAACAGGUAACAGCAUCCUUGGCAAGAAAGCGUUCAAGUCAAAAGCAAGCUCUAGAGGAGUGACUAGCACAUCAGAGUCGCAGAGAGUUGUUCAAGAAGAUGGACAGAUCGUCAACGUCAUUGAUACUCCUGGUCUGUUUGAUUUGUCAACGGCAGCUGAGUUUGAAGAGAUUGUGAGAUGCAUAACUCUUGCUGAAGGUGGAAUCCAUGCUGUUCUGUUGGUGUUCACCGUGAGGGGUCGACCUACUGAUGAGGAGCAGUCUGUUCUCUAUCACUUGCAGACACUCUUCGGGAGUAAGAUCUCUGACUAUAUGAUCAUUGUCUUUACCGGUGGGGAUGAUUUGGAUGACAAUGAUGAGACCUUGGAGGACUACUUGGGUCAGGAGUGCCCUGAGUUUCUGAAAGAGAUUCUUGAGCUAUGUGACAAUAGAAUGGUACUGUUUGAUAACAAGACUACCAAUAAGCGCAAGAAGGCAGAGCAAGCUCAGAAGCUUCUCUCACUUGUUGAUUCAGUUGCUAGAAAGAACAAUGGAAAACCGUUUACUGAUGAGUUGUUCCAUGAGCUACAGGAGGAGGCUAUCAAGCUACGUGAUCAGAAAAAGGAGGUUGAAUCGCUCAAGGGUUAUUCAAAGAGUGAGAUAUCUGAGUUCAAGAAGCAGAUAGAGAUAUCCUAUGACAGGCAGCUUAGCCGCAUCACAGAGAUGGUGGAGACAAAGCUGAAAGAAACGGCAAAGAGGCUGGAGAAACAGCUAGGUGAAGAGCAAGCGGCAAGACUUGAAGCUGAAGAGAGGGCAAAUGAAGUUCAGAAACGGUCGAGCGAUGAGAUUAAGAAGCUGAGAGAGAAUCUGGAGAGGGCGGAGAAAGAGACAAAGGAGCUCCAGAAAAAACUUGGAAAGUGCAUCAAUCUUUGAUUGAGAAAGCUUCUUUCAAGUCUCUGAUAAGGGCUUCAUUUAUUCAAUAUAUUGUGGUUUUAUUUAUCAUCAAAAGACAAAAAGGUGUUUUAUAAGUCUAAAUAAUGACGGAUGCACGUGAAUAUUAUUUUUCUCUCUUCUGAAUUUGAUGAAUAUUUUGUGUGUUUA